AUGGUCUCCAGAACCGGUAAUCUAACUGAAGAUGGUAUCCACGUCGAUAUGGAACACCUCAAGAAGGGAGAAGUAAAUCUAGGAACCUCAAUUAUGGCCAUCGAGUUCGACGGCGGUGUCAUAUUAGGUGCAGACAGUAGAACCACAACGGGAGCAUACAUUGCCAACCGUGUCACCGACAAGCUGACACAGAUCACCGACUCGGUAUGGUGCUGUCGUUCCGGCUCUGCCGCAGACACUCAAGCUGUCGCUGACAUUGUCCGAUACCAUCUUAACCUUUACGAAACUCAAAACGGCCACCCACCAUCGGUCAAAACCGCUGCCUCCAUCUUCCAAGAAAUUUGCUACACAAAUAAAGACGCUUUAACGGCUGGUAUCAUUGUAGCAGGCGUUGACCGUCAUCACGGCGGUCAGGUCUGGAAUAUCCCACUCGGUGGCUCCCUCCAUAAAUCGAAAUAUACAAUCGCUGGAAGCGGUAGUUCCUAUAUCUAUGGUUUCUGUGACAGCUACUGGAAGGAUGGGAUGACCAAGGAGGAAGGUAUGCAUUUUGUGAAGGAGGCGCUGAGAGAGGCUAUCAAGUGGGACGGAAGUUCGGGUGGUGUUAUUAGGAUGUGUAUCUUGAGGAAGGGCGAGAAGCCUGAGAGACAUUUGUUCUUGCCGGAUGAGGAUUACGCCACCCCCGUCAAGUCGGCGUAA